AUGAAAAAAUAUUUGGUUUUUGAGAACUCUCAAUACUCUUACAUUAUUAACAGUAUCAAAAAUGGAAAUGAAUCAGAAAUGCUAGCUGGUUUGAAUGACUUUUAUGAACAAUUAAAUUUAUCAGCUGAUGGAGGUUUAAGCAAUUCUAACUUGGAAGAAUAUAUUAAUGUUCUGAUUCAUGUUAUAAAAAAUCCCCAUAUAAGUUAUAACAGUGUAUAUGGAAAAAAUGAUAAUAAUAAUAAUAAUAAUAAAAAGAUAUCAAAAAGUUCAUUAAAUGAUAAGAAGGUAUCAUCUGAUAAAAUAAAUGAAGUAGUAGGCAGUGGUAUUAAUAGCUUUUUCAAAAUAAUUCAAGAACACAUAGGUGUAUAUGCUUCAGAUUUUGAUGAUAAUUAUAGUGAUUUAGAUUAUAGUGAUAAUGAAAAAAAAAAAAAAAAAAAAAAAAAAAAAAAAAAAAAAAAAAAAAAAAAAAAAAAAAAAAAAAAAUACAGAAAAAAAAACAAUAAUGAUAAAGAAAGAAAAAAAAAUUCUGAAACGCUUAGUAGUAAAGAUGAAGAAAAAGAUGAAAAAAGUAGUAAUAAAAGAGAAGUUAUAAUAGAAUCAGAUGAAAAAAGUAGUGAAUUGGAUACUUAUUCUGAUUCAUCUAGUAAUUCUAGUGUUACAAGUGAAUGUAGUUUAGAAUCAGAUAAUGAAAAAUUAUUUCUUAACGAUGCAAAUCCUAUAGAUGUAAAAUAUAUUAAUAUUAUUUAUACUGCAACAUGUUGUAUAUAUACUAUAUUGGAUAUAUAUCCUAAUUCAAUAAAAUACCUAAUUAAUAAUAAAGAAGGAGUUUAUAUAUUAAACAAAAAAUUAAAUGAUAUUGAAUAUAUAGAUGUAGCUGAAGUUAUCUUAAAAAUUUUUGAAAAAUUAGUAGAAAAAGAUCCUAUGUUUAUAUUAAAAAAAAAAAGUAUUAAGUAUAUGUUAAUGCAUAUAGAUUUUUAUAAUGUAAAUAUUCAAAAAAAAAUAUUCUUUUGUAUUAUUCAAAUGAUUAAUAAUAUAACAAAAUAUAAACAUAUUACAAAGUAUAUCACUCCAUACUGUAGCAUAUUUAUUAACUUUUUUCAUUUUCAUUACAUUCACAUAUUAAAUAUUAUAUGUACCUUAUGGAGAUCAUUACUUGAUAAAAUGAUAACCUUGCGAUUAGAAGAUGAAAAUAAAUUAAGAAAAAAAGAAAAAAAUGAAAAAUCAAUUUCAAAUUUAGAAGAAAAACAUUUUUCAAAAAAAAAUUCAAAAGAAGUUUCUUAUUUAAGUAAAGUAGUUGAAAAAAAAGAAAAAAAAAAGAAAAUAGAAAGUAGUAAUUUAAUUGAUGUAGAUAAAAAGAAAAUGGGUUCCUCAUAUAAAAUUGAGGAUAAAAAAAAUAUAAAAGAUCAAAAGAAUAAAAAAAUCGAAGUAAGUGAAGAAGUAGAGGAAGUUAUAGAAAUAUCAGAUGAAGAAUAUGCUAACGAUUUAAUUAAUAAAAAAGAUAUUCAUAUAAUAGAUGAUGAUAAAGAUGAUAAAAAAAUAAAUAAGGAACAAAGAAAAAAAAAAGAAAAUUCAAAUAAGAAAAAUAAAAAAAAAACAAAAAAUUACAUAAAAGAUGAAGAAGAAAAAAAAGGAAAAAGUGAUGAAGAAUUAAUAAAAAUAAGAAAAGAUAACAGUAAAUGUGAUUAUGAUAAAAUAAAUAGCAGCAAUAAUAUAAAAAAGAAUUAUUUAAAUGAAAAUAAUAAAAAAAUUUAUAAAAAAGAACAAAGCGAUAUAGAAGACUUAUAUAUAUGUGAUAAAGAGUACUCAAAUAUAAAAUGUAAAAGUAAUAAUUCGAAUGAAAAUAUCAAUAUACUUACUUCUUUAUUAAAAAAUACCGUUGAUAAUCUAAAAGAUGAUUAUAUUGAUAAUAAUUUAGUAUGUAAUGGAAAAGAGUCAAAUUCUUAUGUUUUAGAAAAUAAGAAAGUUAAUAAAAAUAAAAAUAAUAAUAGUAAUUUUAUAAAUUCGAAAGAAAAUAAUAUCUGGAAUAUUAGUAAUUGUGAUGAAACUUACUCAAAGGAAAAUAAAAUGAAGGAUAAUUGUAGUAGUAGCACUGAUUAUGCUAAUAAAUUAUUAAAAAAUAUAAUUAAUUUAAACAAUAAUGAUAAUACAUAUUUUAAGUUAAGCUCAGAAAUAGAAAGUGUUUAUAAUAUUAAUAUAAGAGAUAAUAUUAUAAAGUUAUUAAUUGAAUGUCAAAUAGAAGAUAAUUUAUAUGCUUUUAUGGAAACCUUUUAUAUAAUAUCUAUUUUUGUGCAUUAUAGUAAUAAUAUACUUGAGAAUUUUUGCAAUAGUGAUUUUUUAAAUAAGUUUAAUGAAUUUUUUCAAAAUAAAAAGUUUCAAAAUAACAGUUUUUUAAUAAUUUAUAUUUUAUUUACAUUAUAUUCUUUUCUUCCUAUAUGCACAUAUGAUGGAUCAAUAAUUUACGAAUAUGAAAAGAAAAAAAACAUAAAUGAUAAUAUAUUUGUAGAAAAUAUAGAAUAUUGUAAAGGUAAAAAUAUUGAUAUAGAUAAAGAAAAAGAAAAAAAUACAGAUAAUGAUGAUGAUAAAAAAAAAAGUUUAGAUAAUUUUUUUAGUUAUGAAAAAUAUGGUUAUAUAAUUUAUAAAUUUCCCAUUGAUGUUAAAAAACAUAAGUUAGAAUUUUAUAAAAAUAAUUUUAAUUAUUUAAUGACUCUGAUAAAAAUAAUUAUACCAAAUAUAUAUAAUAUAUAUGAAAGUGCCUUGUAUUUUGAUAUUAAAUAUUUGUGUAUAGUUAUUUCAUUAUCUCUUUUUAUUUCAUUAUAUAAAAUAUCUUUUUUUUAUUACAAUAAUUCGGACUUUGUUGAUUGCUUAGAUUAUAUUUUUUCUUUUUAUAAAGAAAUGUAUUCCUUUAUAAAAAGUAUAGUUUCUAAUAAUUUAUCAGAAUCUUCCGUUAUAAGUGGAAUUAUUAUGUGUAAAAUUAUUGAACAUUUUAGUAUAUUAAUAUCAAAAGAAGUCAGUUUUUCAUCUUUAAAUGAAAAAAUAAAUAAAAAUAAUAAUGAUAUUUUUAAUAAAUACUUAUGUAACAAAAUAGGAAAUUCUCUCAAUGAAAUAAACUCAUUAUAUAAUUCAAAAAAGCCUUAUUUAUUUGUGUUAACUAAUAUUAUAAAUAAGAUUUUAUUAAAAAAAAAGGAGGAAAUAGAUGAAAGUGAAAAGGAUAAUUGCAUAUGUUCUAAUAAAAAAGUAUAUAAUAUUAUAUUUCUCUAUUUUUAUGAUAUGUUUAAUGCUAAGAGUAUAUAUAAUUAUGAAAACAGCUUUUUAUUUUUCCAUCAUGAAAGAGAAAUGAAAAAUGUUGCUAUUGAGUUUACGUCAUUAUUUUUAAAUUAUAAAAAUUACAAUGAUUGCAAAAAAAAUUCCUCAUCUUCUAUCUCAAUACAUAAUAUAAUUGUAAACGAAGUUACAUGUUUUAAUAAUAUAGUUUUAUGUUACUAUUAUUUAAUUAAUUUAUUUUUUAAUUUAUCUUUAAUGCAUGAAAACUCAUCCAUAUACUUUUAUCAAUACAACAUAGCAAAGCGUUUAUAUUUUUUUUUAUUUCAAAAACUAUUCCAUUGUGAUUCAGAAAAAAAAGAAAAAAAAAAUACAGAACAGGAUAAUUUUGUUUUUGAUUUAACUAAAGAAAAAAAUAAAAGAAACAUUUUUAAUUUAUUAAAAAAUAUUGAUAGAAAUAUUCGUUUAUACAUUUUUUUAUAUGCAUUAUUAUUUACUAAUAAUAAGAAGAUGGAAGAAAUAGUGAUCAAUAUAUUUUUAAAUAGUGUAAGAACGUUAUACAACAUAUUUUAUGAUAUAUUUAAAAAGAAUAUUGAAGAAAUUGAUGACAAUGAAUUUAAAAAAAUAGAAUCUUUAGUAACUGAAAUUUUUGAUUCAUAUCAUUACUAUUUAAUUAUGAAUAAUCUUUCAUUUAAUAAUUGUUCAUUACUUAUAAAGUUAACCAAAGAAUGUUUAAAUAUAUAUGAUAAUUUACCUAUAUAUUUUUUUAAAGAAAAUAACAAUAUUGAACAAUGUCAGGAAAGAGAAGACAGUGAUACAAGAUGGAUAAAAAGUUAUGAUGAUUUUCCUUCAUUAAAAAAUGAUAACUCAUUCUUUAAUUUGAAAAGUAAAAAAAACAAUGAUACAACUACAAAAAGUGUAAAACAAAAUAAGAAAAAAAAAGGGAAAGAAGAUUCUAAUAGUAAGGAAUGUUUUAUAGAAAAUAUAGUAGAAAAAAAAAUAAAUAGCAAUGAAAAUAAUGAAAAAAAUGAAUCAAAAAAAAAUAAAAGUUUAAGAAAAGGACAUGAAGCAGAUAAAGAGAAAAUUAAAAACAAGACAGAGGAAUCCAAAAUAAAAGAAAAAGAAGUAGGAAUAUUAAAAGGAAAAGGAAAAGAAGAUAAAGAUAUUGAACAAGGAAAGGUAAAAGAAAAAGAAGUAGAAAUAAUAGAGAAAAUAGAAGAAAAUAAAGAAAAGGAAAAAGAAAAGGAGAAAGAGAUAGUAAAAGACAAUUCCAUAUCAAACUCUAAAUUAAAUAAAGAAAAAAAAAAAGUUUUAAAAAUUAAUAAUAAAAAGGAAUAUAGUUUUUAUGACUAUUUUAAUUCAAGUAACUAUAAAAAUGAUUUUGAUUAUAUGCAAAAAGAUUCUUUUUAUGAUAACCUAUUUAAUGAUAGUAAUAACAAGAAUAACAAAAAAAAAAGUAAGAGUAUAUAUAAUAAUUAUAAUUGUCAUUUUCCAAUGCAUUUAAGAAGAAAUGGUCUAUAUAUAGAUAAUAUUUCUGUUUUUAAUUCAUUAAAUAAAGGAAUACCAAUUUCUUUACAUGUAGAACAAAUGAAAAGUGAUAAAAAUGAAGAAAAAUUAGAAAAAGAAACAGAUUAUUUACACGAUGGAACAAAUAGUAAUUACAAAGAAGGACUAUAUAUUCCUUCUAAAAUUAAUAAAACAAAUUAUAAAAAAUCAUUAACUGAUAAUACUAAUGUAUUAAAUAAAAUUUCUAAAAAUUUAACAUAUAGAAAUACCUUCUCAAGGGAAAAUAUUUACACAAAUAAUUAUUUUGUCAGAAGUUUUAUUGACAGAAAAAGAAAUUUACAAGGAUCAUUUAAUAUAUUUGAAUCAUUUAAUAAAGUAGAAAAUUUUAUAAGAAAAAAUAUAAAUAAGAAUAAUAAAAGUUUUUAUUCAAAGUAUGAUCAUAAAAACGAAGAUUUAAUUGUUUUAUCUAUUAAUGGAAUAGAUGUUCAUAGUGAUUCUUGCCUAUCAGAAUAUUUAAUUAAAUUAGAUGAUGUGUAUUACAUAAACAAAAAUUCUUUAUGCUUAACAGAAGAAAAUAUAUUUUAUAACACAGAAAAUUUUUAUGUCUAUAAUGAUGUUGUUGAAAAUUUUGAAACAGAUUAUUAUAACUUAAAAAAUAAAAUAAAAUAUUUAUGGGACAGUAAUAAUAAUGCUCAUAAUAUCAAUUAUAAAAUUAUAAAAAAAAGAAAAAAUGAUGAAAGAUGCUCAGACCCCUUAGAAGAUGAAAUAAAUAAAAAAAGCAAUUUUUUUGUUACUUUAAAAAAAAAAAAAACCACUGAUUACAAUGAAGAGAAAAAAUAUUGUCAAAUAAAUGAAAAUGAAGAAGAUAUUUAUACCUAUGUUGAUUUGAGCACUUAUAAAAAAAUGAAGAGUAGUAUAGAUACCCCAUUGUACUGUAAAGUUAUUAAUGAAAAAUACAAUUUUUAUAAUAUAUCUUUUGAUUUAGUAAAAUAUUUAUAUAAUUCCAAUUCACAAAAUGACAUAAAUAGUCAAUAUGAUGAAAAAGAGGAUAUAAGCUUUUUUAAUUCUUUGAAAAAAGAUAUAAAUAAUGAUGUAAAGAAAAAAGGAGAAAUGAAUUAUAGUGAAAUGGAAAAUCUUCUUUAUAAAUACGAUUCAAGAAGAGAGGAUGAAGAAGAAGUGGUAUUCUAUAAAUCAGAAGAGGAAAAAUCCUCACACUUAUUAGACUACUUAAAAAAUAGAUAUAAAAAUAAAAAAAUUGAAUUUUUGUUUUCACAAAGUAAUUUUGUAGAAAACGAUUCUAUGUAUUUAUCGAAUUAUAUGAAAAAAGAAAUGAAAAAAGCAACAGAGCUUAUAUUUUUUGAUGAUCAUUAUAUUAAUAAAGAUAUCAUGCUAAGUACACAUUUACAUAACAUUAACUUUUUAAUGAAUAAUGAAAAAAAUUCAAAUAAUUCAAAAAGGAAGAAUCGUAUUGACCAAAUUGAAGUAAUGAGAGAAAAAGAAAGAUGCUUGUUUGAAAAAUAUAAAAAGGAAAAUUUCUUUAAAGCUUUAAACACUAAAGAAGAGAGAAAUAGUUACGAAUGUGAAUCAUUAUUGUUGAAAGAAAAUUUUACAUUAAAAGAAAAAGAAGAAUUUUAUUUAUUAUAUAAUUACAUGCCUGCAUACAGUGAAAUAAUUAAAAAAAAGAUUUUAGAUAAGGAAGAAAAAGAAGGAGAAAAUAUAAGUUCUCAGAAAAGAGAUAAACAUGAAAUUGAAAAAAAUAAAGAAAAAUAUAUUUUUAUAGACAAUGUGUACAAUUUUUUACUCUUUAAAUUUUUAUUUUUAUUAUGUAAGUAUUUCAAAAGAUGCGAUACUUCGUCUCUUCUCAAUUUUUAUAUAAACAACAAUCAAGAUAAUAAAAUUAAUAAAGUAAAUAGUGAAGUUAAUGUUGUGCUUACAGAAGAUACGAAAGAAGAAAUAAAUAAAAUGAAAUACAUUUUUGAAAAUAUGAACGAAAAAGAAAAUAACUUAACAGUAGAUGAUAUAAAAAAGAAAAAUUUUAUAUUAAAUAGUAUAAAUAAUAAAAUUAUAUAUUAUUUGAAUAAUCCAUUAUUUAUAUUUAGUGAAAAAUUGCCAUCCUGGAUUUAUAAAAUAUUUUAUUUAUUUAAUUUUGUUGUAGAUAUUGAUAUUAGGUUACUAUUUUUUGAAAUUACUUAUUUUGGAAAUUAUAGAGGUUUUUAUAAUUAUAAGCAAAAAAUAAAAGAGUUAGUAGAAAAAUUUAAUGAAAAAGUGAACUUUGGAAAUAGAAUAUUAACAGAAGAGCAUUUAUUAUCAGUAUGCUCUAAUUAUACAUACAAUUACGAUAAAAAAAAAUUAUUUAAUUUUCUAUCAGAUAAUACUACAUUAACUCUACCAAGAACAAAAAUUAAAUUGCAUAGAAAUAAAAUGAUUGACUCUUCUUUUCGUAUUUUUAAUCAUUUACAUUUUAUUAAUUCUAAUUAUAUCACUCCUUCAUUUUUAGAUAUAGAAUUUUUUAAUGAAGAAGGUACAGGUAUCGGUCCUUCUUUAGAAUUUUAUAACGAAGUUAUAGAAGAAUUAAAAAAAGAGAAAUUAAAAUUAUUUAAAAUAGAAGAUGGUUAUCUUUUUCCUAUAUCUUAUAAAAUUGACUUAAAUAAUUUUGAUUUUGAUUUAUUAAAGAAACCAAAGAACUCAGAUUUAAUGGGGAUAAAUAAGUCUUAUAAUUCUCAUAAUUCUCUUAAUUUUAAUUCUUAUCAAUCUUCAUCAGUAAAUAAAAGAAUCAACGUUAUUAGUGAAGGUUCAAAUGCAAAUAAUUAUAAUUCUGUUAAUAAUCUUAUUAAUCAUUUUCUUUUUUCGAUGAAUUCAAAUGUUUUUCAAAAAAACACAAAAAAUUUAAAUAAAUAUGAUGAUAUAUCAGAAGUAGAAUUGUUAGAUGCCAAAAUGAGAAAUAAAAAAAAUAAGAAAUAUUUUAAAAAUAUUUCAGAUAAUAGUAAAAAAAAUUCCAAAAAAUAUAAAAAUGUAAGGAGUCAUAAAAAAAAAUAUUUAUCUAAUAUAGAAAGUAGUCAAGAUAGUAAUGAUAAUAAAAAAAAAAAAGAGGAAAAAGUACAAGAAAAUGAAGAAAAAAAGAAAAGUGUAUUAGCAAAUGUACGAUCAAAAGAAACAAAACAAAAAAAAAAAGAUAAUAAUAUACAGAAGAAAGAAUCAUCCAAUAUAACUCUUAAUACAGCAUUAGAAAAAAGUAAUAUUUUUGAUAUAAAAGAAGAACAAACCGAAUUAGAUGAAGAAUACAUUAAUUCAGACAAAAAUAAAAAAAAAAGAAUUAGACGUUAUGUAGAGGUAGAUACAAAAGAGAAAAAAAAUGAAGAAGAAAAUAAAAAAAAAAGUAUAAGCUCUGAAAAAUGUGGCAUUAAAGAAAAAGAAGAAAUAGUUUAUUCUAAUGAAGAAAAUGACAAAUUGGAAGAAAUAAUAGAUGAAUUAGAAGAAGAAGGAAAAGAAAAUGAAGAGGAAGAGGAAGAGGAAGAGGAAGAGGAAGAGGAAGAGGAAGAGGAAGAGGAAGAGGAAGGGGAAGAGGAAGAGGAAGAGGAAGGGGAAGAGGAAGAAGAAGAAGAAGAAGAAGAAGAAGGAGAGGAAGAUGAAGAUGAAGAUGAAGAAGAUGAGGAAGAAGAAAGAGAAAUUGAUGAUUAUAAUGAUUAUGAGGAAGAUGAAGAUGAAGAAGAUGAUGAUGAUGAAAUAGAUGAUCAUUUGGAAGAUGAAAUAUAUGAUGAAAUAGAUUUUGAAAAUGAAGAUGAACAAAUUGAAGAAGAAAAUAAAGAAGAUGAAUAUGAAGUAGAAGGAGGAGAAGGAGAAGAAGAAAAAGAAAAUGAAAAAAAAUGUAUAAAAAGAAAAAAUAAAAAUGAUAAAAGUAACAUAUAUAAAUUAAGUGAAAUUAAAGAAUCUUUAAUCAGCUCUUCAAAUAAUCAUCCACCUUUAGAAAAAGUUGAAGAUAUAUCGGAUAUAUCUGACAAACCAAAACGUAAAAGUAGUAUAAAUUUAAAAGAAAAAAAUAGAAAAAAUUGUUGUAAGUUAUUAGAUAAAAAUAUGAAUUCAAAAAGAACAAGUGAAGACAUAUCUAAAAAAAAAAAAAUAGAGAAAAAAGAAAAAGAAGAAAAAAUAAAAAAUAAAGAGAACAAAGAUACUGUAAACCAAAAGAUAACGGAAGAAAUAGAAAUGAAAAGAAAGGAGGAAAUAGAAGAUAACGAAAAGAAAGAAAUAGAAGGAAAAGAAAAUAAAAAAGUGCAGAUAAAAAAGUAUAAACUAUUUACGAAAGAUUUUGAAGAAAAUUUUUUGAAAGAAGAAAAUAAUUUAAAUUUAAAAAAAAAGAAUGAAGCAAAAAAAAAGAUUAAUUUAAAUAACCAAAUUAAGUUAACACAAUCUGUAACACAUAAUAUAAUUAAUUCUCUUUUUAGUGAAAUAGAGAAUAAAAAUCCUGUAAAAGAGGAAAAUAAAUAUGUUGAUAAAAAGGACAGUGAAAAUGCUAACAAAAAAAUAAAUGAAAAUAAUGAUAAAAAAACAAAUGAAAAUAUAACUAAAAAAUCAAAUGAAAAAGAUAAAAAGAAGUAUGUAAAUAUAAAUCAAGACACUUUAGAAAAUAGAUUAUUUAAAUAUUUCAAAUUAUUAGGUCAAUUAUGUGCUAAAAUAUUAACAGAUAAUAGAAAUGUUAAUAUUAAUUUACAUCCUUUAUUUUGGUAUCUUGUAAUGAAUAAUUCUGGAUAUGUUAAUUUAUCAAAAUUUCAUCACUAUCAAGCGAUUGAUAGAGUAAAUAUGAAUAGUAUAAAUAAAUUAUUAGAGUACAGAAAAGAAAAUAAGAAUAUAGAAGAUUUGCACUUAGAUUUUACUUUAUUAGGAAGUGAUCCACCAGUCGAAUUGAUACCAAAUGGAUCAAAUAUAUCAGUGAAUAAUGAAAAUUUAAAUUUGUUCAUUAAUAAAACUAUUGAGCAUUCUUUAUAUGAAGGGAUUAAAUUUCAAAUAUGGGCAUUCCGAUUUGGAUUUAGUACAAUUGCACCACUUAUAUGUACAAAUAUUUUUGAUGAAGAAGAAAUUUGUGAAUACUUAUUUGGAAGCAAUAUAGAAAAUGAUGCUUAUUGGACAAAAUCCCACUUGUCUACUUAUAUUAAACCAGAUCAUGGCUACACAAAUGAUUCUAUUACAUUUAUUACAUUAAUUGAAAUACUUUCUGAAUUUAAUAAUGAAGAGAGAAGAAUGUUUGUCAAAUUUUGUACUGGUACAUCAUCUUUACCUAAUAACGGAUUUUCAGCUUUAAAACCUUUAAUGAAAGUAGUUAAAAAAGAAGAUAAUAAUGACCUUCCUAGUGUUAUGACCUGUACAAAUUAUUUAAAAAUUCCUGAUUAUAAAGAUAAAGAAAAAUUAAGAGACAGAUUGCUUUAUGCUAUUCGUGAAGGCCAAAAGAACUUUUCGUUAUCAUAG